GCUCCUGUAAGUGUAAGAAAUCUCUGUAAAUCCAAAGAUGGACAGACCCUGACCCCUGACCCCUGAGAGUCAGGUGACAGGUGAGGAUGCUAACAGCUGCUAAUGGCAGGGAAGCUGGUCCUGGUCAGAGCAGGAGCAGCUCACCUGUAAGUUUGUUAACUAUUAUUAAUUAUUAUUAUUAACACGCUGUCCAGUUUUCAGCUGACUCCAUGUGUUAGUGUUAUGAUUGACAGGUGGAGUUAAAGCUCCAUGUUCCUGCAGAGCCUGAUAAUCCAGUCUGAAGCCCAUACUACAGUACUCAGUACUUUUUCUUGUUAAUAGAGUAUAUUCACGUUGUUGUAUCGGUGUUGUUACUUAAGUAAAGGAUCGACAUACUUAUUCCACCGCUGUCUGUUUAUGUAGUCUUAACCGUGUUUCAUCAGUUUAAGGUCAGAUAACUGAACCAACGUUUAGUGUCUGCGGCUGAUUUCUCCGCUGAAAACAGGUUUAUUCGAAGCCGAACGUUGUUUCCCGAACUAAACAUGUUUAAAAUCUGUUUUCAUGCGUUUUCAUGAUCGUAUGUUUAAAAUAACAGGAUUUAAGAGGUUUUAACGGUUUUUCAGAAGGACUUCCUGUUGAACCUCCGCGAGGGCGACUGAAAACAAAAACAAGCGGAAGUAGUAGUGUGAGGAUUGACGGCGGACCCACCCAUUCACGCGCAGCUACGCACGUUUAGUGGGUUGGGGUACGUUACGCUCACGCUGGUAUUCGCUAACUAAGAUACGUAGAGAAGUGACGUUUCACGGCGUCACUCGGCGUCUCCGUACGCAGUGUUUACGCAGAAUAGUAUCUGUCAGUCAAAGGACAUUUAAAUGGCCACAGUGCUCAGCGCCGUGAACCGAACAGCACCGUAAUAACACUGUUACGGUGAUAUCUGCGCUCCUAGCUGAGGAAACGGCGUCUGUCCGUGUCGCCGUUGUCGCUCUCCUCCCGGUAAACCCGCCGUUUGUUCGCUGCGUUUGUUAUAAAAGACUCAAAAUGAGCGACGAGGACGAGUUUCUGCAGAAAGCCCGAGCCGGGUUUGAGGAUCUGUGUCGGGCUCUGAACAUGGACGAAGAGGCGAGUACCGAGGCGUGGAAGACCUACGAGAACAUCAGCAGGAAUUUUACUCUGGAGGGCAGUGAGCUGCACUGGUUGGCCUGUGCUCUGUAUGUAGCCUGCAGGUCCUCUGUGCCCACAGGAAAAGGCACGGCAGACGGGAACUACGUCUCUCUGACCAGAAUCCUCCGCUGCUCAGAAAUGAGCCUGAUUGAGUUUUUUAAUAAGAUGAAGAAGUGGCAGGACAUGUCCAACCUGCCUCAGGAUUUCCGUCAGAGCACUGAGAAGCUGGAGAGAAACUUUACGGUGUCUGCGGUCAUCUUUAAGAAGUAUGUUCCCAUCUUUAAAGCCAUCUUCAAGGCCCCGUCUGAGGAGCCACCACGAGUCCACCGCAGCCGCAAACAGAGACGUCAUCCCUGCACUGUGACCGAGGUCUUUAACUUCUGCUGGGUUUUAUUUGUCCACGCUAAAGGGAACUUCCCCAUGAUCAGUGACGACCUGGUGAACUCGUACCACCUGCUGCUCUGUGCUCUGGACCUGGUCUUCACCAAUGCUCUGCUCUGCAACGCCAGGAAAGACCUGCUCAACCCCAGCUUCAGAGGUCUACCAGAGGACUUCAGCAGUAAGGACUACAGACCGUCCUCCGGUCCGUUCUGCUUCAUAGAGCAGCUGUGUGAGCUACAUGACGGGCUGGUGCUGGAGGCCAAAGGAGUCAAAGAACACUUCUGGAAACCCUUCGUCAAGAAACUCUUCCACAAGAGGAUCCUCAGAGGGAAAGAAGACGGUCUGACUGGAUUCCUGGACCCCAUGAACUUUGGAGACAGUUUUCUGUCUCUCAGUCGGGUGUAUGAGGAACAUGUCCUGGCCACCGGCAGUCUGGACGAGAGGAUCUUCACCGGUGAGGGGGCGAGCGAGGACAUCGGCACCCCGGGGCCCUGCCUGUGUGAGGGGGUGGAGAACCAGGACAGCGCCACCUACAGGCUCCACACCAGCCUCACAGCCUCAGCUCUGAAGGUGUCCACUCCUCUGACAGGGAGGAAGUACAUCCAGGAGAACAGCCUGGCCUCUCCACUCUCCUCUGCCAUGAAGAGCGUCGGACGUCUCCACACUCUGCUGUCGGGAACCAAACAGGGUCCCAGUCCCAAACUAACUGAGACUCUGAGGACUUGUGCCAGAGACCCCAGUGAUGUCAUCAGUAAGCGACUGAAGGACAUUGACCUCUUCUCUCAGCAUUAUGAGGACGGAGCAGAGAGCAGGGGGAUGGGGAAAGACAUGGUGGUGAAGUAUUUCCACCUGGCAGAGGCGCUCUACUACAGGAUCCUGGAGUCCAUCAUUGAGAGAGAGAAGAUGAUCCUGGGAGACGCCGACCUGUCUUGUAUCCUGGAGCAGGACGUCUUCCACCGCUCGCUGCUCGCCUGCUGCCUGGAGAUCGUCAUCUUCUCCUACAGACCUCCAGGAGACUUCCCCAACGUCAUCACCACCUUCCAGCUCCCCGCCUAUCACUUCUACAAGGUGAUCGAGGUGUUGGUGCGCUCAGAGCAGGGGUUGUUUCGGGAGGUGGUGAAACACCUGAACCAGGUGGAGGAGCAGGUUCUGGAGAGUCUGGCCUGGACCAGUGACUCUCCACUGUGGGAGAGUCUGAGAGGAGCUAAAGACCACGUCCCCACCUGUCAGGAGGUGAUGCCUCCUCAGUACCUGGAGCAGAGUGAUGAGAGCAGCACAGGCAGCGUCCCCGUCACACCCAUCAACCACCAGGACCUCAGCACCAGCAGCACCGUCAAAGGCGUCUCCCCCUCCCCCACCACCCUCCUGGACCGGUACAGCUCCUCCCCCACCACGACAGCUCGCCGCCGUCUGUUCGUGGACCCGGUGGACGGAGACACCGGAGCCGCCUCUACCAGCAGCAGCAGCACCGUGCCGGCCAGCGUCACUAAGACCGGACAGGCCGGCCUGGUCGCAGCCAUCCCCGCCGGGCAGACCGUGGUCACCAUGGCAACAGCCACCGUCACCGCCAACAACGGGCAGACAGUCACCAUACCUGUGCAGGGUAUAGCCAAUGAGAGCGGAGGAAUCACCUUCAUCCCGGUCCACACCCUGAGCGUGACCGGACAGGGUGGAGCCACGCUGCAGCCGCUGUCUGCCCAGACUCUGACCGGCACCCUCACCGUCCAAUCAGCCGUCAGCAAACCAGCCGUCAAAGCGGCGAGCAGUCCUCUGAGGAAAGGCUCGCUGUCGCUGUUCUUCAGGAAGGUGUACCACCUGGCCAGCGUCCGGCUCCGAGAUCUUUGUGCAAAGCUGGACAUCUCAUCAGAGCUGAGGAGGAAGAUCUGGACGUGUUUUGAAUAUUCUCUGGUUCACUGCACCGAGCUGAUGAUGGACCGACACCUCGACCAGCUCCUCAUGUGUGCUGUGUACGUCAUGGCCAAGGUGACCAAAGAGGACAAGUCCUUUCAGAACAUCAUGAAGUGUUACAGGACUCAGCCUCAGGCCAGCAGCAACGUGUACAGGAGUGUGUUGAUCUCAGGGAGGAGGAGGCGUCAGUCCGGCAGCAACGACACAAACAAACAGAACUCAUCGACCGACUCCAGCCAGGAUCCAGCAGGUGGAGACAACAGUCCAGUGUCUAUUCGGUCCAGCAGCACCCUGCCGGCCCCCCAGCCCAGCAGCGCCCCCUCCACACCCACCAACACCUCCACCAAGAACACCUCCUCCUCUUCUGCAGGAGACGCUGAGGAGGAGCGGGGAGACCUGAUCCACUUCUACAACAACGUUUACAUCAAACAGAUGAGACUGUUUGCUCUGAGAUACUCACCCAGCUCCCCCUCUGCAGGGGUGGAGUCCCCCUCCCUGUGUCCGUACCCCACCCUGAGGAUCGGCUCUCCUCGCCGGAUGCUUCUCUCCAGCAAACACUCCAUCUACAUCUCACCUCACAAGACAGGCUCCGCCCCCUCGCCGACCACCCCCCGAGACAAGAUUUACUACUACAUCUGCAGCAGCCCCCCCAACCGUCUCCAGGAGAUCAACAGUAUGAUCCGGACGGGGGAGACUCCGACCAGGAAGCGCAGCAUGCCUCUGGAGGACGAGACAUCUCCCAAGAGAGUCUGUCCUGACAAUCACUCUGCCCUCCUCCGCCGCCUGCAGGACGUCGCCAACGACCGCAGCUCCUCCCACUGAGACACACACUCACAGUAUCUACACACACUCAUAACAUCACCAUCGUCACACUGUGAGAGCUCUCCUCCUCCACAGUCCCGUCAUACUGAUCAGACUGAUUCGGAGCAUUUGGUCACUUUUAGAUUUAAUUUUAUUGAACUCAUCAAUAAUCGAUCUGAUGAGGAGAAGAAACAUUUCUAACAUACAUAUAUAGAAUCUGUGUCCAAACGGAAACAGAAACAGACUGAAUAUCUGUUUCACAGCAGAAGUUCUCUCAGGUCAGCAGGUCCAGACUGAACUCUUUAGAUUAUCAUAUUUACAGAUCCACCAUGAGCAGUGGAGAGGCAGAAACCUGGAGCAGAACCAGAAGCUGUGAGCUGUUCCUUUAAAGAGGCUAAAACAAAAUGACCUGCUGAUUAACCAAAAUGUGAGGAUGAUUCAUUUUUCAGUUCAAUAAAUUUGUUCUGAAAAUGACCAGAAUGCUUUUAAAGUCUGAGUCCCAGAAAAACCAUCUCUGCUCAGUGUCAGUUUCUGUUUCUGAAUGUUUGUGUUUGUGGUUCAGGUUUUUAAACUGAGGCUCCUCCACAGGAGGAGGAGGAGGUGAGUCAGAGACACUGAGCUGAGAGCGACAGGUGAGAGCGACAGGUGAGAGGGACGACAGGUGAGAGGGAUGACAGGUGAGAGCGACAGGUGAGAGGGACGACAGGUGAGAGGGAUGACAGGUGAGAGGGAUGACAGGUGAGAGCGACAGGUGAGAGGGACGACAGGUGAGAGGGACAGGUGAGAGCAACAGGUGAGAGCGACAGGUGAGAGGGACGACAGGUGAGAGGGAUGGCAGGUGAGAGGGAUGACAGGUGAGAGCGACAGGUGAGAGGGACGACAGGUGAGAGGGACGACAGGUGAGAGGGACGACAGGUGAGAGGGACGACAGGUGAGAGGGAUGGCAGGUGAGAGGGAUGACAGGUGAGAGGGACGGCAGGUGAGAGGGGUGACAGGUGAGAGCGACAGGUGAGAGGGACGACAGGUGAGAGGGACGACAGGUGAGAGGGACAGGUGAGAGGGACGACAGGUGAGAGCGACAGGUGUUAGAAACAUCACAGUGUUCACAGUUCACAACUCUGCAUCCAAUCCACAGCAGCAUUAUACUUCCUGUUUCUAUCCCCUGAAGCAUUAUGGGAAGUGUAUUUCAGCUCCUCCGAGCAGCAGAGCUGAUCGAUCGUUGUUCUAACUGAAGGUGUGAUGAAGCAGCUGCAGCUUCUGAUGCUUUAUUUUAUCUGACGUGUUUUCUACAGAACUAAUAACAGCUCUGAUGUAAACUCUGUCAUUAUUUAACCACAGGUUUGAAGAGUUUCAUCUCAAAAACAUCAUGAAAAUCUUCUCCCUGAUCUUCGGCUUUUAUCAGUGAAAUGAUCAAAUCAGUUAAAGGGCUCCAGAUUCUAAUAUUGAACGUGAUCACACCAGCAGAUGUUUCUGUUCCUGAGAUGUUAUUUUGAGUGAACAUCCUCCUCCUGUCGUCAUGGAUCUGAACCUGGACUCUGUCCUGAUGAGAUGUCUGUAAAUAUCUGUAAAAAAGAGAAAAGAAAACCUAUUUUAUGGAGGUGGAUGUAAGUGAAGUGCCUUUGUUUUUUACUCCUGAAUCUGUUUGUUUGUUUACAGACUUUACCUUUGUUAGAUGGUAAGAAAAACAGCUGAUGUCAUUAAAGACAGAUUUAAAGUGA